AUGGCUGCUGCGAAAAGUCUGCCUGUAAUUUUUCUUGCUCGAUUUGUUCAGGCGAUUGCAGAUAACUCGAUGUGGAUCGCAGGGCUGGCAAUGAUCACGGACAUUGUUCCUUCUCAUCAAUUUGGUCGCAUCAUGGGGUUUCUGAGUGUUGCAGUCUCGGUGGGAACAUCAGCUGGCCCGAUGGUUGCCGGCUUACUGUUUGAAAAGUGUGGUUAUUGGGCAGCGUGGUCGAGUGCAUUUCUACUCCUAUUCAUUGACUUUAUUAUGCGAAUCUUGAUGAUCGAGCGUCCGAAAACUGAGUUGUUAGGGCCUUUGUUUCGCGCUGCUGAUGAAGAAAUUGACCCCUUAAUUCCUCAGACGAUCCAACCAUACAAACAAGGACAGCCAGAUCCAGACGUGAAGCACGUCUCGAAUGCCGAAGUAUCUGGGUUAUGGUUCUACUUUUAUCUACUACGCCAGCGUCGAUUUUUUGUAGGGACUGCUUCAUAUGUCUUCUAUGCCAUGCUAGUGACCAGCUUUGACACAACAUUACCUCUCCAUAUACGUGAGAGCUUCAACUGGGGCAGCCUAGCGGCUGGAUUGCUUUUCAUCUGUCUCCAACUUCCGGGAAUAAUAUUGACUCCUCUCAGCGGAACGCUCAAAGACCGCGUGGGAACACGUUACCCUACUGGGACUGGGUUUUUACUGAUUGCGCCAUUUUUCUGGCUAGCUGGAUUGCCCGGGGCAAGCGAAGUUUCAUGGACUAGUGGGAGUUUAGAAACUGGAAAAGCUGUUUACGUUGUUUCCGUAACCAUUAUCGGGUGCUUAUUUUCUUUAUUCAAUGGGUCGGGAUUCCUAGAGGCGACUUUGACUGUUGACGAGAUCGAAAGCAACAACCCCGGUAUCUUUGGGUCGAACGGCGGAUACGCCAGAGCAAAUUCACUUUCGUGGAUGUCCUGGACCUUGGGCAUGUUCCUUGGUCCGAUAGUCUCUGGGCUUCUAACAGAAAAGGCUGGGUACUUCAAGUUGAACCUUAUUCUAGACUGCAUGACAAAUGACUGA